GGGAAGGAGGAGGACGAGGAGGAAGAUGGGGGCGCCUGGCCUGGCCUGAGGCCUGGUCUGUGUCUGUGAGGCGGGAAAGAAGGCGGCGGAGGGAAGAGGACGGAGAGAGAGAGAGAGAGAGGACGUGAGAGUUCUCUGGAGCCACCCCUGCCGUGAUGGGAAACGAACCAGCUUCUAGUCGAUAUUAAGGCAUUUGGAAACCAAAGUGCAGAAAGGAAACCAGUCCUCUAGGAAAAAGGAUUCCUCUCAAGGGGCUGAUCCUGCUGAAUUCCUACAUUCACUUUGGAUUCUAGAGUAGAACCAUAGAAGAGACUUCAUGAAGCACCCAGUCCAGGCCUCUGCCGUGCAGGAAAAGCCAAAGUACCCCUGACAGAUGAGCAUCUAGCUUCUGUUUAAAGGAUUCCAAAGACCACCUAUGAAUAUUCCUUGCCUAGAAAACCCUAUGAAAUUCAUGGAGUCACCAUUGAUUAGUAACUUAAAAGCACAUACAUACAAACAUACACACAGGUGGUUAGAAGAAGCAGGACACUAUUUGCUACUCUGCAUCAGGCUGGAAACUACAUUUUGAGGCAGAGAGUUCCACCGCUGAACAACUCUUACAGUCAGGAAGUUCUUCUUAAUGUUUUGAUGGAAUCUACUUUCCUGUAAUUUGAACCCAGUGCUGUGAGUAAUCAGAAAGGGAAAAACAAGAAUCAAGUGUCCUUAUUGGAAUUAAAUGUACAUAGCACUGCUGACAUGGAGGAGAAAGUAUAUAAAUGUAUCGAAUGUGGAAAGAGCUUUAGUCAGCAUGGAAAGCUGAAGAGACAUCAAAGGACUCACACUGGGGAGAAACCCUAUACAUGCCUGGAGUGUGCACAGAGCUUUGCUCGUAGUUCAGAUCUACGUACACAUCAAAGGACUCACACUGGGGAGAAACCCUAUAAAUGCUUUGAGUGUGGACAGAGCUUCAGUCAGAGUUCAACUCUACAUUCACAUCAAAGGACUCACACUGGGGAGAAACCCUAUAACUGCCUGGAGUGUGGACAGAGCUUUACUCAAAAGGGACACUUAGAUUCACAUCAAAGGACUCACACUGGGGAGAAACCCUAUAACUGCCUGGAGUGUGGACAGAGCUUUGCUUUUAGUUCAAAUCUACGUUCACAUCAAAGAACUCACACUGGGGAGAAACCCUAUAACUGCCUGGAGUGUGGACAGAGCUUUGCUCGUAGUUCAGGACUACGUUCACAUCAAAGGACUCAUACUGGGGAGAAACCCUAUAACUGCCUGGAGUGUGGACAGAGCUUCACUCAGAAGGGAAGCUUACAUACACAUCAAAGAACUCACACUGGGGAGAAACCCUAUAACUGCCUGGAGUGUGGACAGAGGUUCUCUUGUAAUUCAAGUCUACAUACACAUCAAAGAACUCACACUGGGGAGAAACCCUAUAAAUGCCUGGAGUGUGGACAGAGGUUCUCUCGUAAUUCAAAUCUACAUACACAUCAAAGGACUCACACCUGGGAGAAACCCUAUAAAUGCCUGGAGUGUGGACAGAGCUUCACUCAGAAGGGACACUUACAUAUCCAUCAAAGGACUCACACUGGGGAGAAACCCUAUAAAUGCCUGGAAUGUGGACAGAGCUUUGCUCAUAGUUCAAACCUACAUUUACAUCAAAGGACUCACACUGGGGAGAAACCCUAUAAAUGCCUGGAAUGUGGACAGAGCUUCAUUCAGAGUUCAAGUCUACGUUCACAUCAAAGGACUCACACUGGGGAGAAACCCUAUAAAUGCCUGGAGUGUGAACAGAGCUUCACUGAUUGUUCAGGCUUACGUAGACAUCAAAGGAUUCACACUGGGGAGAAACCCUAUACAUGCCUGGAAUGUGGACAGAGCUUUGCUCAUAGUUCAAGCCUACAUUUACAUCAAAGGACUCACACUGGGGAGAAACCCUAUAACUGCCUGGAGUGUGGACAGAGCUUCACUCGGAAGGGAAGCUUACAUACACAUCAAAGAACUCACACUGGGGAGAAACCCUAUAACUGCCUGGAGUGUGGACAGAGCUUUGCUUGUAGUUCAGGACUACGUAGACAUCAAAGAACUCACACUGGGGAGAAAACCCUAUAACUGCCUGGAGUGUGGACAGAGCUUCUCUCAUAAUUCAAAUCUACAUACACAUCAAAGGACUCACACCUGGGAGAAACCCUAUAAAUGCCUGGAGUGUGGACAGAGCUUUACUCGAAGUUCAGGACUACGUUCUCAUCAAAGGACUCACACUGGGCAGAAAACCUAGAAAUGCAUGGAGUGUGGACAGAGCUUUUCAUGGAAUAGACAUCAUAGAAUUCACUCUGGAGAGAAUGGUAUUAAUUGACACCAGAGUGACAUUCUAACAUGUACAAAAGCAACUCUUGCAAAUUUUGGAAAUGCAAGCUCAAAGUUGGGACAUUUCAUCACAUGUGGUGUAUUGUAGAAAGGUUGAACUAAAAUACAGUGUUCCCUCACCUAUCACUGGGGUUAGGUUCCAGGACCACCCGCAAUAAGUGAAAAUCUGUGAAGUAUAUUUAUACAUUAUUUUAGUAGUUAUACACUAUUUUAAGUCUUUAUCAACCAAUCGUGUUGAAUCGUGAGAAAUCCUGUUGCCACUUGGGCUCCUUUUCCCUCCCUUUGGCUUCUCCUUCCUCAGGAUGUAAAUUGUAAUUUUUUUUAUGAUUUAUAAAAUUCUUUUAGAGUUUAUUGAAAAACUGCGAAACAGCGAAUCCGCAAACAGUGAAACGCAAAGUAGUGAGGGAACUCUGUACGUUCCAUUCUGGAAGUAAUUAUAUUAUCUAAAGGGAGUUGAAUAAUGGGAGAUAAAAAUUAACAGAUAGAAUGAGGCUUUUAGUCACGUAUCCAUGUCUGUUUGUUAGUUCAGUUGUGUGUCUAUGUAGGUAACUCGUUAGUCCAGGGGUCCCCAAACUAAGGCCCGGGGGCCGGAUGCGGCCCUCCAAAGUCAUUUACCUGGCUCCCGCCCUCAGUUUUAUAUAAUAUAAUAUAUUGUAUAUACAUAUAAUAUUGAUAAUAAUCUUAUGUUAUACAAUAUAAUACUAAUAGUAAUACCAUAUAAUAAUAUUAAUUAUAUGUUAUAUAUUACAUCUAUAUAUAUAAAAGAGUGAUGGCAUCACGGCGACCCACAAAACAACAAAACUACAGGCCCCCCAACCGCGAAAUUUGACAACACAACCCAUCAUCCACGCCUCUAGGUUGAUACAACAGAAAGAAAAGAAAAAUAAAGUCCGAAUUAGAGAGAGAGGAAUAAUUGCUUUUAUCCAAUUGCUGCCAGUUAGAAGGCUAAGCUCCUCCAACUUGGUCUCCUAGCAACCCAAUAAAAAACAAUAAAAAACACUAAAAAAUUAAUACAAUAAAAUACUAUAAUAGAAAAUAACUAAAAAUAAUUCAAGAAAAUAAUAAAGUAUAAUAAAUAAAAAUAUAACUUACAAUAAAAUUAAUUUUAAAAAUGCAAAUAACGUCAAAUAAAAAUAACACAACAAUUUUUAACCAAUACCACCACCACUUUGCCACAGCAACGCGUGGCCGGGCACAGCUAGUAUUAUAUAAUAGUAUAGUGGUAUAGUUCAAUAUAUUAAUAUAUAAUGCUAAUAUUGUGCUAUGCUAAUAAUAUAUUGUAUUGUAUGUACAUUCAGCUGCUCUGAGUCCCCUUUAGGGUGAGAAGGGUGGGAUAUAAAUGUAGUAAAUAAAUGUAGUAAAUAAAUAAUUAAUUUUAGACUUGGGCUCAGCCAAAGUCUGACAUGACUUGAAGGCACACAACAACAACAACAACAAUCCUAAUUAACUUGACCAGGGGUCCCCAAACUAAGGCCCGGGGGCCGGAUGCGGCCCUCCGAGGUCAUUUACCUGGACCCCGCCCUCAGUUUUAUAAUAUAAUAUAUUGUAUAUACAUAUAAUGUUGAUAAUAAUACUAUAAUGUAAUACAAUAUAACACUAAUAAUAAUACCAUAUAAUAAGAUUAAUUAUAUAUUCUAUAUUACAUAUAAUGUUACUAAUAAUAUUACAGUAUAGUGGGUUAGUUCAAUAUAGUAAUAUAUAAUGCUAAUAUUGUGCUAUGCUAACAAUAUAAUAUAUUGUAUGUACUAGGCUUGAUCGAUCCAUGAAAAAUUUGAUUGUAAACUCGUUUCAAAACUAGAGGGGGCAGUUUUUCGUUUUUGUUGCUAUUUACGAAUUUUGUCCCCAAAAUUUUUCGAAAUUAACGAAAAUUCGUUAUUUUCGAAAUUAAUUCGUUAAUGGCGGAAGCGCAUGCGCGGUCGCCCCAAAACAGCCCCGGGGGGGGGGGUCGGGGGCUCUCCUGCUCUCAUUUUUUCAGCUAUACUGAUCAAAUUUGGUACAGUGGGAGAACACAAUCCACCCUGCUUGUUUGCUAAAUUGCAGAGCGUUUGCCCUUUCCUAAGAUUUAUUGCACAAUUUUAUAGUUUACUGUGCCCGGUCACGCGUUGCUGUGGUGUAUGGGAAUUCUUUGUUAGGUAGGUGGAAUAACAGUGAAUAAUAGCUUUGUAGCCUGAAAGCCUGGCCAUUUUCUUAUGGGAAUCCUUGUUUGGUGAGGUGGAAUAGAAAGGAAUAGGCUUGCUGCUUGGAAGGUUAGGUACUUGCCUUUUAGGGGGGUAGAAUUGUAAUGAAUAGCCUCGGUGGUUCAAAGCCUGGGUGCUUGCUAUCUAGGGGAAUUCUUUGGUUGGUCAGAUUCAGAGUAGUAUCACUGUUUCAAAGCCUGGUCGCCUUUUUCGAAGGUUAAUCUUUUAUUGGUCUGGUUGAAUUGCACUGAAUAUCCUUGCAGCUCAAAAGUCUGGCUGUAUUUAUUAUUUUGUAUUAUAUAUAUUACUAAAUAUAGAAAGCAUGGCACAUUG